AGCCGUUCCUGGCCCGUGGAUUUGCGACGCAUUGUUCUAGAGCAUAGUAUCUGGAAAUAUCCCACAAUGGCUCCCAAACACUCAACAUUUGGCGCCUCGGCGAAAAGAAAGUCAUCUUCGAGCGAUAAGCACAAUGACGGCAACCGCGCCAAAAAGGCAAAGACCGUAACCGCGCCCAAGCGCCAGAGAUUCGAUGAGGAUGAGGACAUGGCUUCGGACAACGAUGGCAGCGAUGGCAGCGGGUUUUCUGACUCGGGCGACGGCGGUGCCGAAUUGAGCGAUGCUAAGCCUUCCCGAGGGCCGGCGAACGCCAAAGAGAAUGGGCGGGCCUUUGGGCAACCGAAUGGGGCUGAACGAACCCAAACCUCUCGCGAAGCGCACGCAAAACAAAAACAAUUGGCGCAGGAACGCAAGGCUGCGAAACCAUUGGCGGACGAGGUGCACCGGACGAAGAAGCUGUGGGAAAAACUGCGCCGGAAGUCGCAUGUGCCUAAGGAGGAGCGCCAACAGCUCGUGGACGAAUUGUACGGCAUCAUCACCGGGCGCAUCAAGGAGUUUGUACUUAAACACGACGCCGUCCGCGCCGUCCAGACCGCCAUAAAGUACUCAACCCCGACCCAGCGGAAGCAGAUCGCCAAGGAGCUCCAAGGCACCUACGCCCAGCUUGCCGAAAGCAGAUACGCCAAGUUUCUCAUCGGGAAACUUCUUGUUCAGAAUGACAACGAGAUCAGAGACAUUAUCGUCCCGGAAUUAUACGGCAAGGUACGGAAGCUUAUCAACCACGCCGAGGCGUCCUGGAUCCUGGACGACAUCUAUCGCGGAGUAGCAACGAAGGAGCAAAAGGCCCACCUGCUACGAGAGUGGUACGGCCCCGAAUUCUCCUUAUUCAAGCUCGAGAAAGGCGUCGAGGUAACAGCGGAUCUGCGCAAAAUCCUUGCCGAUGAGCCGAGCAAACGGGGACCCGUGAUGAAGUACCUUUUCGACAUGACCAACGGCCUCAUUCAGAAGAAAAUGACGGGCUUCACGAUGCUCCACGACGCCAUGCUGCAAUAUUUCCUCAAUCUCAAGUCCGAGAGCGAGGAGCUCAAGGAGUUUGUCGAGACGGUCAAGGAGGACGAGAACGGCGACCUGCUGAAGAAUAUGGCCUUCACCAAGUCAGGAGCCCGCCUGGUGUGCUUGCUGUUGGCCAACGGAACCGCAAAGGACAGGAAGCAAAUCAUCAAGACAUAUAAGGACACCUUCCAGCUCAUGUGCGGCGACCCCAACGGUCAUAUGAUCCUCCUGGCUGCCUACGACGUCAUCGACGAUACCGUAUUAACCUCGAAGACAAUAUUUCCGGAGAUCCUCGGGAAGAACGAGGAGAAGGACAUUGAAAAUAUUGUUUUCCUCGCCAACGACCUCAACGCUCGCAUAACGGUGUGUUACCUCUUCGAAGGACAAUCCAAGUCACUGUUCCCAGCUAGCCAUGCGUAUGACUUGGAGCUUCUCGCCGAGAUCCACGAGAUUCGCAAGAAGACGAGUAAGAAGGAUGCCGAUGUCCGGCGCAAGGAGUUGGUGACGGCCAUGUCACCUCCCCUACUUGCGGCAGUUGCGACCUCCCCAGCGGACCUCGUGGCCACUUCGUUCGGAUGUCAAUUUGUUACCGACGUCUUGUUAUCGGCGACCGGCGAUAAGAAUGCUGCCUUGGAGGCCGUGGCCUCGACAGCAGCUGGCAACCCAGCGCUGGCGCAGUCCGAGGACGCGGAUCCCCUCUACCCCCCUCCGCCUCACAUUUCUCAAACGCCGCACGGGGGCAAAAUGUUCAAGACCUUGAUUGCCGGCGGCAGGUUUGACAAAGCGGCGGGCGCCGUCAAGAGAGUCGACCCCCCACUCAACUUCGCCGACAUUCUCUACCCGAUCAUCAAGGAGCACAUUGUGCAGUGGGCGACGGGGCCAAGUUCCUUCGUCGUGCUGGGUUUGUUGGAGGCUCCUGACUUCUCUUCCACGACGGAGUUGCUGAAGGUCCUUCGCUCGGACAAGAAGGCGCUCGAGUCGUCGGCGGCAACCAGGGAAGUGGCGAGCCAGACCCCAGCGGCAAAUGGCAAGAAGUCGAAGUCGAAAGGCAAAGGAACACAAUUGGACAAGAGCAAGUCCGGCGGGAAUCAAGGAGCAAAGUUGCUUCUUGGGAAGUUGUAGGGAGGUAUUGGACGAAUUGUGUCGGGGGAGAAAAUGCGCUCAGCGGAGAUGGUAGUGUCGAACAGAGAGCAAGCGGUUGGGAAAGUUCACGGCCGGAGAGACAGUAGGAUCCCUGGCAUUUUCUAGUCCCG